CUAUCGAUGUAUAUCGAUAAAUUCGACAAGAACUGCACCGCGCUGCUGGCAUGUGCAAUAGUACACGACGCUCGUGAAAUCUUUUCGUUUGUGUAUUAAAAGGGCAAAAUCUAGCUGCCGUUUUUGUGCAUUCCAAAAUGGUCGAAGACAAGGAGAACGUGGCCAACGGGGAGCAGGUCUCCAAGAAGGGAGCUAAAAAGCUGGCCAAGGCCGCCAAGAAAGCCGAACAAAAAGCGGAGAACGCCUCCACCGCAGCUGCCAACAAUGCAGCCGGAGAUUCUGCCGAGGAUCACGCGGCCGGACGUUAUGGACUCUCCGAGAUGAUCCAGUCCAAGGACAAGCGUAGCGAAAGGAAUUUCUUCCCUGUCUCGGAACUGAAUGGCCAGGUGGGCAAAGGACUCGUCUGGGUGCGAGGACGCGUUCACACAUCGAGGGCCAAGGGCAAGCAGUGCUUCCUCAUCCUGCGCCAGCAGAGCAGCACGGUCCAAUGCAUCCUGGCAGUGGGCGAUAUCAUAUCCAAGCAGAUGGUCAAGUUUGCGGGCAAUAUUCCCAAGGAGAGCAUCAUCGAUAUCCAGGCCAAGCCAGUGGCGGUAUCCAGCAAAAUUGAAUCCUGCACUGAGCAAUCGCUGGAGCUGUCCGUCGAACAGAUCUUUGUGAUUUCCCAAGCCAAAGCCCAGUUGCCGUUGCAAAUCGAGGACGCUUCGCGUCCGGAGACUGCCGAUGAUGCGGAGGGCCUAAAUAUUCGCGUGAACCAGGACACGCGUCUCGACAAUCGAGUGCUGGACCUGCGGACCCCGGCGAAUCAGGCCAUUUUCCGACUGGAGGCGGGAGUGUGUCGUUUAUUCCGUGACAUCCUCACCGAGAAGGGCUUCACCGAGAUCCACACACCCAAGAUCAUUUCGGCGGCCAGCGAGGGAGGCGCCAAUGUGUUCACCGUGAGCUACUUCAAGGAUUCGGCUUAUCUGGCGCAGUCGCCGCAGCUGUACAAGCAGAUGGCCAUUGCCGCUGAUUUCGACAAGGUCUUCACCGUGGGCGCAGUUUUUCGGGCGGAGGACUCGAACACCCAUCGGCAUUUGACCGAGUUCGUUGGUCUCGAUCUGGAGAUGGCCUUCAAGUACCAUUACCACGAGGUGCUGCACACGAUUGGCAACACGUUUACCGCGAUUUUCAAGGGACUGCGCGACAAGUAUGCCCGUGAGAUCGAGUCCGUGGGCCAGCAGUACAAGGUGGAUGCCUUCAAGUUUCUGGAGCCGCCGCUAAUCCUCCAGUUCGCCGAAGGCGUGGCAAUGCUCCGUGAGGCUGGUGUGGAGACGGGUGACGAGGAGGAUCUGUCGACGCCCAACGAGAAACUACUGGGUCGUCUGGUCAAGGCCAAGUACGAUACUGACUUUUACAUCCUGGACAAGUUCCCGUUGGCGAUACGACCCUUCUACACGAUGCCCGACCCGAACAAUCCCGUCUACUCCAACUCGUAUGAUAUGUUCAUGCGUGGCGAGGAGAUCCUGUCCGGCGCGCAGCGUAUCCACGAUCCCGAGUACUUAAUGGAGCGGGCCAAACACCAUGGCAUAGAUACAUCCAAGAUUGCGGCGUACAUUGAGUCCUUCCGUUAUGGAUGUCCUCCUCAUGCUGGCGGUGGUAUUGGAAUGGAGCGUGUGGUGAUGCUGUAUCUGGGAUUGGACAACAUCCGAAAGACAUCCAUGUUCCCACGUGAUCCCAAGAGGUUAACGCCUUAAACACCGAAAAACUCAAACAACUCUACUCUUUAGAUGUGAAUUAAAUUCGAUAAAACAUUUGUUUUACUUUCCCUGUGACUUUCCAAGCAUUCAGUUCUUUUUAUUUCGUGUAAGUUUUUUCCCCAUUUCUCAAGACUAACAUGCUGAGGAGUUGUUAAACAACGAGAAAAAUGUACGAGAAGACUGCCUAGAGUCAAAUUUAUUUGGAAACUCGUAAGAAAAUAAAUAUUUGCCCGUGCGUUUUGUA